AUGGCGCUUUUCAGAGUACUCACUCUCCUGAGCCUGGCUCUUCUGGGGGCAGCUCAGUACUCGCCAGAGGAGCUCCAGGGGUACUACGGGCUGGUGGAGCCGACCAAUCGCACACAAAACAACUACAACUCAUUCAGCCUCACGGUCGAGGGCGACUACGUGUCCAACAUCCAGGCUCUGACGGUGGAGACCGACAAACUGGCCGGACUCAACUCGGCAGCUGCAGUCUCCGGCAACCUGCGAAUGAUCAGUGGAAACUACACGGGGCCGGCGCUGGACUGGUCCAAUGCGGCCCUCAUCGACUGCGACAACACCACCGACGUUAUCGAUGCACUCAACGAGGUGCUCAUCAACAACCCGGCUUGCAUGAUUCUGUACUCAUUGAACUCGGACGCUUGUCACUUCACACGGCCAUACAGAGUCUUUUCGGCCGAUAUCGGCUUCGUGUUCACCACGGUCUCGGCCAAGGGAGCCCAGUCACUACUGGAAAAGGUGCAACAGUCGCCUGUUCUGCUGCAUUCAGUCGCUUGGCUUAAUACCACAUCUCUACCAGAUGAUAAUACCCCCGUGGUGGAUGAUAAGGGCCCCUCCAGGGAUACAAAGAUCGCCAUGGCCGUUCUUUACUGCAUUUGCGGCGUUCUAGCACUAGCCGUCGUUGUUCUCAUUUCUCUGGGCAUAUGGAGAGUCCAUCGUCACCCCGAACGGUACGGAUUGGCUCCUCCUGACCAGACAGAUGAGGAACGCGAAAUCUCCGACGAUUUCAACAACGGCGGUGGCGACGUAUACACCCCGCCUCCAACAAGAGUGGAGAAGGCCAAGGGUCUUGCACGGGCUGUUUUGGACGCCAUUCCGUUGAUGCGGGUCAUGAUUGGAAGCCAGGAGGACGAGAAGGACAAAGGUACAGCUCCAGGUGAGAGUUCCAGUAGUCCGGCCAUGUCCACGCAUAAGCGGGAUGUUUCUAAUGUCUCUGUCAAGUCUAGUUGUGACAUGUCUCGAAUGGAAACAUUACCUGUGUACAUUCAGGAAGACGACAACUGUGCCAUUUGCUUUGACAACUUUGAGGACAACCAGAUCAUUCGACAGCUUCCUUGCACGCAUAGAUUCCACGCCGAUUGCGUGGAUCAUUGGUUGCUCAACUCGUCUUCUCAGUGUCCCAUGUGUCGAAUGAAUUUGAGAAAGGAAGAGAACGAGACAACUGAGAACGAAGCAACCACUCCAUCCACACAUACACAAACGCAGACGGCGCAACCACAAACUACUUCUCAACAGCAACCGUCAGUCAUCACGGUCACUCAACGGGACCUCAACAUCUCUCUGGCCACCCGAAUCAUCGACUGGUGGAACAUGUUGUGCCUCCCUGAAGACGCACGAGCCGAGGCCCGAGAACGACUCAACCACGAGUCGGAACUGCGUCGCAAAAUCAGACAACUGCAGCGGUCCGACGGUACGCUGAUGCCUAACGACGGCAUUGUUGCUACUGACGAUGGAGCUUUAAGGGUGUUGCUGGACAACAGACCCUUGCAAGCUCCUCCGAUCGACGUUCCCUUGUCAGAGAGAAUGCUCGUUCCAGGCCCUGAUCUGGAUCUCAACAAUGUCGAGGCUCCUGUUCCGAGGUAUUCCGUGUUACCGGACAUGAGCGCAGCUUCCGAGUCGGUCUACAACCGAGACUCGGUGUCCCUGCCCCAAGCCUGUCUUCUGCCUCAACUAGAUCUGUCUGAGUUCUCUGUUGAUGUGGAUGGUAUGAACACACACUACGAUACGAGUACCGGUACUGGGUCUGAUAUCGACACUGACAUUGGAGACGUUACCAGAGUCGACACGCGUGACGCUACUACAGCUCAUGUUGAUGGUGACUGUGCUUCCUAUGUUGAAGAUGCCAAAACUAAAGAAGCUAACGAAACUGCUUCCGACGCUCUUUAUGACCCAGCCUCCGACACCCUCGAGCUCGAGACGCUCAGAGAUGCCUCUGCCGCCUGUGAAGACGGCCCCGCUGCUCACGGAACACACCAAGACCCCGACUUUGAAUUCGACUUUGAAAACACCACCCAUUCUAAACCUAUUUAA